AAUGACAACUUUUGGACUCUUAUUCAACCUUUUACUCGCUUUGACAUGGACACCUAUGACUCUUUGCAUCCAUCAAAUAUACAUUAAACCCAUUAAAUAUAGACUAACUCCCGACAGUAUUAAGGCUAUUUGUCGUUAUAAAUUAAAGGUAGAACUUGUCAAGUUAUCUGAGAAGAUUGCGCAACUUGUCUCUAAGUUAAUCUUCAAGUUCAGGUAUAUAUGGAUAGGACUGUAUUUGAUGUGUGGAAUUGGGUCAUGCUAUAUUCUAUUAUGGGGUAGACCAUUAAAACUAUCGGAUAGGAAGAGACAACUUUUAUUCUCUGAAAAUAAUCUUCUCGAAAAAUAUCAAGAUCUUCGUGGCAAAGUAGAUACGUAUAAAAUGCCUCUCGCUUUCGUUUGGGGAAUUGUUGAGGAUGUAAAGAGCUAUCCUUUCCUGAAACCUCUUGAUAAGAUCUCUGGAAAAGUUGAUAAGAGAAUUGACGUGUUUAAUCCUGAAACUGUUAGAGAUUUACAAUUAUUCUGUUACAGUUUAAGAAAAGAAUUUAAUAUUACAAAUUAUCCUUGUUUAAUCGAUACACUACUCAAAUAUGGUUCGAGAGAAUGUUCAAGAUUACCUUUAACCUUUUCUCCAGAUUGUUGUAACUGGAAAUUAUUGAAUGGCUAUAAAUUCUUUGAGAAUUGCUAUGAAAGACAAUUAAAUUUUUUAAUAGAAAACAAACUAUUAGGACAUCAAUUAGGAAAUUUUGCUCAUGGAGAUAAUUACUCAUCGUCGAUAUUUUCUUAUAGUUUCAUCACGAAUCAAGACUUUACACCUGCUUAUAACGAAAUUGCGCAAUUCUAUCGUAAGGUGCAAGCGUUUUGGGUUAAAAAUUCCAAAAAAGGAAAGUUAAGAUACGGUUUUUUUUGGUCAAAGUUCGAAUUGUUCGACCUUCAGAGAACACUCUUAACAGGUGUGGGCUCGUCUUUGGCAAUUGCCCUUUCAGGUACAGCGAUAGUAUUAAUCUUAUCUACCAGAAAACUAUGUAUUUCUGUUAUAUCUAUUACAAGUUUGGCUUCUUCCGUUCUAAUUACUAUAUCUGUUCUGGCCCUAAUGAACUGGAAGAUAGGCGUUAGCGAUACAGUCUGUCUGGCUUUGGGAGCCGGUUUAAGUGUUGACUUUAUAUUGCAUAUUUCAGUUCUACAAGCUAAACUCGAUACAUCGAAUUUAACCGAUCAACCUUUCUACAGAGUUCAGGCUACUGUGGAUAGGAUCGGUAUGGCUGUUUGUCUUGCAGCCUUAACGUCUAUUGGCACAAGCCUUAUAUCGUAUUGUACAGAUAUUCACGCCUUGAGAAGAUUUUCGCUAAUGAUCUUUAUAUCUGUUGCAAUGGGUUGUAUUAGUGCUUUAGUAAUGCUAUGUUUAUUUUCGAUAUUGCUCACCCUUAGCUGGAAGAAUAUUCUAGCAAAACUGUUUGUUUAUUGUCAUGGCUGUGGAGGUCACAAAUACAGAAGGGAUUAUUGCUACAGCCCAACGAAAUCUAUAUUAAUAGAAGAUCAAGAAAAAGAACAAGAAGAAGUAAUAGAACUUGUUCAAACGUGA